AUGAGAUUCCACGCAAUUCUCCUUCUUCUCCCCCCGAGUCUUGCUUUCCAGUUACCCUUUAGUAUCCCAUUUUUCAGGGCCAAGAGUUACUCUACAUUAGAAGACGAUAUUCAACCCUCUCCGCCGUCCUCCAGGAUAGCUAUCAUUGGCGCUGGUGCAGGGGGCAGCUCAGCGGCAUUUUGGAUUUCCAAGGCGAAGGAAAGAUUUGGACUCGAAGUUGAGAUAGAUGUAUACGAAAGAGCGGAUUACAUUGGAGGCCGCAGCACCGUCGUAUAUCCAUAUAGUAAUUCAAGUCUACCUCCGCUCGAACUGGGAGCCUCCAUUUUUGUGUCGGCCAACAAAAACCUUUGGAGAGCUGCGGAGGAGUUUAACCUGACGCGUGAAGACAACGUUGAGGAUGAUUUUGGUAUAUGGGACGGAGACCAAUUGCUGCUGUCCUUCGGUGGUGGGUGGUGGGAUACGGCUAAAGUUCUCUGGAGAUACGGAUUUCUUUCCCCUCGCCGCACCUCAUCGCUAGUUCGAGAUAUGAUCUCUCGAUACUUGACUCUUUAUACACUGAAGUCACCAAGGUGGAACAACAUGUCCGACCUGGCCGUCCAUCUUGGUUGGGAGGAUCUACUGGAAACCUCCACAUCUAGUUACCUUGUCAAGCAGGGAGUUUCUGAGAGCUAUGUAAAUGAGUUGGUCGAAGCUUCAACGAGAGUAAAUUACGGACAGGAUGUCGAUGAUAUACACGCUUUAGGGGGUGUGGUUUCGAUGGCAGCUGAGGGCGCAGUUCACAUCAAAGGAGGCAAUUACCAGCUCUUUGAACAAUUUCUAAACCACUCAGGUGCAAACGUCUAUCUCAACACCUCCGUCACUAGCAUUCUUCCGAAGUCAGCAACAUCUCAAAACUGGGUUGUUCGAAGUGACCGCGGGUCUACAAUCUACAAAGCUGUCAUUUUGGCGGCGCCAUUCCACACAACUGAUAUCGCAUUGCCUUCAGCCGUGUCCGAUCAGAUCCUGCGGGUUCCUUAUGUUCAUCUACAUGUUACUCUACUCACCACGACAUCACCGUCGGCCAACCCUGCAUAUUUCAACUUGUCAGCUGGGUCGAAGGUGCCUGCCAUGAUGCUGACAACUAAUUUUGGUGCUCGAAAUGGUGGCAAGAAACCCGAGUUCAAUUCACUUUCCUACCAUGGCUUGGUUCGCGAAGGGGAAUGGGCCGUGAAAAUCUUUUCAAAAGAGAGGAUAAGCGACGGCUGGCUCCAGCAAAUGUUUGAUGGCCAGGUCGGCUGGAUUCAUAGGAAAGAAUGGGACGCAUAUCCAAGGCUCCCGCCGACAGGUUCUUUUCCGCCAAUAAAGCUUGAACAUGGCUUCUACUACGUCAACGCUUUCGAACCGUUUGUAUCCACUAUGGAAACGGAGACGGUCGCAUCACGUAAUGUCGUCGAUCUCCUUCUAAAUGAGGAGUUUUCUUCGGGUAUAUGUGAUAUAACGUCACCCACACCUGGUGAGGAGCUAUUUUCUGGAACUUUACAGGUUGGUGCAGGUGAAGAUCCCGUCUUCGGAUGGGAUUGUUGA